AAAAAUAUACCUAUACAUUUCAGUUUUUAAAUUUCUUAUUUAAGAAAAAAAAAAAAAAAAAUAAUUGAAAAAUAUUGAUUUAGAAGCAUAGCGAAAAAAAUAAGUUUUUGUGAAAAUUAUUAUUAAACGCAAAGUUAUCAUUAAGCAAACACUUUUCAAUAAAUUGACGACUUCCGUUAUCUGUAAAGUAAUUAGCUUUUCUUAAGUUAGAGAAUUAAUAACUUUAAAAACAACUCCAAAAAGUUGCCUUGUUUUGCGCUACGAAUAUUUGUAAACAAAAAACGAACAUAAAUAAACGUGAUAAAACAUGCAAACUGCUGUCGAUUGCAAUGGCAGCAGCAGCAAUACAACAACAAUCAGCACCACCAUCACUACCACAACAACCGAAAAUGAUAAUAACUCUAACGGUACGAUGACACAACAACAACAUCACCACCAUCAUUACCACCAGCAACAACAAGAACAACCGCAUUCUUUAAUGCAGUCAACACCGGAAACGGAAAAUAGAAACAUUUUAAGACAACGUGUUAAUACAACAACAGCUAACAGCAAUAAUGGUACUCAGGACAGUGCCAUCACUGCUACUAAAAAUGGUUUAUCACAUCUUAUAGAUGCAACCGAAUAUAUGGGCAGUAAUGUGGAAAGUAUGUCCGAAACACCAUCACCUUCACCUCAGGCUUCACCCUCUAAGGGCAGCCAACUACUUAAAACAGAAUCAUCAAAAUUGGCAACUGCUGACGAUGGCCUGCCCACAAUCACCAUUCCCACGCCUCUUCAGGAUACGUACAAACAAACAAAUACCUCAUCGGAAUCAUCGUCAUCAAAAACUGCAUCGAAUUCUACAUCAACGACAUCUUCUGUGAUUGCAACGCCCGUACUCAAGCGUAAUGGUAAUAUUUUUAAGGACAAAGAAUCCCAGGAUCGAGACAUCUAUGAAGACAAUAUUGAAAAUCCUAAGGUUGCCGUUGAUGCAACUGCAACUGGAGUUGAAGGUGGAGGCCGUGAAGAAAAUUUUGUAGCAAAAAUGUCUGAUGCAACUGCUGAAGUGGGCAAAAAAUAUAGGGAAUGUAAUAAUAUGCAAUUAUUAACAAAUCAAAUGCUUCCAUUCGAAAACACUUCCUCAAUAAUAAAUAAUAAAAAGGAAUUGUCUUCAAAUUCAUUACCAAUGUCUUCAUCUACUACCUCGUUGUCAAUUACUACACCAGCUACAGCUGCAAACACACCCUCAACACCUUCAUCGUCAUCCCUAAUCUCAUCAUCAUCCGCAUCUACAACAUCAUCUAAUACACCUGCAUCUGCUACAACAACACCUGCCUUAUUAUCUACACCAUCAUCGUCAUCAUCAUCCUCAGCAUCUUCACCAACUGCAUCGUCUUGCUCCGCCUCCUCCUCCGCACCACCUUCGCCAUCGUCACCGGAGUCGAAAAUAAAAGAUUUGUCAAUUUCCGGUUUAGUUGAAGCCGAACUAUUGCAGUGGCAGGACAUGCCACAAUAUUUGCAAUUCAAUCCGUAUGUUCUUAAGGGUUACCGUCCAUUGCAAACAUUCAAGGGCUGCCUAUUAAGUCUGUUUUACUGGCACAACGAAACUAUAAACAUUUUAACACAUGCUAUACCUAUAGUAUAUAUAUUGGCCAUUGUACCUGGUCUUAUGCCCUGGGAUAGUGGUUACCGUUUUCUUUCAUUUUGCCACGUUUUUGGUUCGGUAGCACCCUGGUGUGGCAGCUUUGUUUAUCAUCUUUUUAUGAAUAUUGAACGUGGCGAAAAUGUCUACUAUAGAUUGUUGAAAUUGGACAUGGUGGGAAUAUGGGUUAGUCAGAGUUUUGGUGCUCUUCCCUUAGUUGUGGCAACCACGUUUUGUUUUUCGUUUAAAUGGAAAUCGCUGAUUAUAAUCUCAUAUUGCCUUUUAUCGUUAUGGGGCUUAUACAAGGCCUUAACAGCUAGUUCACCUUGGCAGCGUCGUUUGUGUUUUGCCUUGCCCUUUACCAUGCGAUCGAUUUUAACAUUUUUCCGCACCAUCGGUCUAGUGGGUGGCAAUCGCGUUGCAUUGGAACAUGUUUACCUGCAGGACGUUGUUUCCAUAUUCGGCGGUGCUAUUGGCGCUAUGCGUAUUCCAGAAAAAUGGUUUCCCGGUUUAGUUGAUUUCUAUUUAAAUUCCCAUAAUAUAAUGCAUGUUUUAGUUGUCGUUGCUGUCUAUUCCAUGCAUAAGGCAACUGUUAAAGAUUUCGAAUGGAUGGAUUCAACAAAUUGUGAUGCCUUUGUAAACGUCACUAGUAAAGUACUUGAAACUACCUUAAAUACGAAAAUAGAACUAUGACCAUUUGAAUUCAAUACUUUAUUAAAUUAUUAUAAUCGUUUUUUAUUUCUAUUAAGUUUUAAUAGUUGAAAAUAUUUCUAGAUACUAAAAUUAAAAUAUAUUUAUUAAUUAAU